AAUGUCACCUGAUAAAUGUCGGUGGGCAAACUAUUACAAUGCUCUCCCCACCCCCCUAUGAACUAUGAAGACCGCCCACCACAGGCAUCCAACUCGAGACCCCAUAUAGAUUUAAAAAGCGAGACUGAAUCCGUGUGUAUGACAGUCACUGAGUGCAAAGCAUCGGCGCAACAUCUGUCAGCCCGUUUUCCGUCUCUCUGCAACGCGCGUCUCCACUUCAUACUGAGGAUGCUACAGUUCCCGCAGCUCCGCCAAGGCGUGAUCGCGUUUCUCAUAUGGUUCGCGCACUUCAUGGAACAGCAGAAAGUUCAAGCCGGCAACUGCUGGCUUCAGCAGGGCAAGAACGGAAGAUGCCAGGUUCUGUACAUGUCCGGGAUGAGCAGAGAGGACUGCUGCAGGAGCGGUCGACUGGGCACGUCGUGGACAGAGGAAGAUGUGCCCAACAACACCCUGUUCAGAUGGCUGAUCUUCAAUGGCGGCGCACCCAACUGUAUACCUUGCAAAGAGACUUGCGAUAAUGUGGACUGUGGUCCCGGAAAGAAGUGCAAAAUGAACAAGAGGAAUAAACCGCGGUGUGUGUGCGCCCCAGACUGCUCCAACGUUACCUUUAAGGGGCCGGUGUGCAGCUCGGAUGGGAAAACGUACAGGAAUGAAUGUGCCCUCCUCAGGGCCAAGUGCAAGAAACAUCCUGACCUGACCAUACAGUACCAAGGAAAAUGUAAAAAGUCGUGCAAUGACGUGCGCUGUCCUGGAAGCUCGACGUGCGUACUGGACCAGACCAACAACGCCUACUGCGUAACCUGCAACCGGCUUUGCCCCGAAGUGAUCUCGCCCGAGCAGUACCUGUGUGGGAACGAUGGUAUCGUGUACCCCAGUGCCUGCCAUCUCAGAAGAGCCACUUGCAUCCUGGGAAGGUCCAUCGGAGUGGCGUACGAGGGGAAAUGCAUAGAUGCCAGGUCGUGCGAAGACAUCAAUUGCCAGGAGGGACGAAAGUGCCUGUGGGAGAAGACGACGGGACGAGGACGCUGCUCGGUGUGCGACGAACCGUGUCCCGAGAGUCGCCCGGGCGACAGCGUUUGCGCCAGCGACAACGUCACCUACCAGAGCGAGUGCGUUAUGAGGCAGGCCGCAUGCUCUUUGGGUCUCGUCCUAGAAGUCAAACACUCGGGCUCGUGCAACUGUAAGUAGGAUGCUAAAUCCGGCCGCAAAAUCCACCCUUCCCAACCGUGAUCUCCUUCAUUUCUCCCCUAUCAAAAACAACACUCCCUUCCAUACGAGGCGGCACGUUGUUGGAGAGCCGGUGCUGCAUGUGGCUUUGUAUGGGCUUCCUCGACUGCAACUCAUUCAAGAAGCGUGUUUCAACUCAGUGGCACAGAACGUUUUCUGGAGACUUUCGAAAGCAGAUGUUCAGAGACUCGGUUUUAACCCAGAAUCCCGGGAAGGAUUGCGAUUCAGGAAUGCGAGACGGCUCUGAACGUUCUGCUCUUCCGCAUUGGUUACACUGUCUAUGCAUCAGAGGCGGAAACGUCUAGACUGACGGAAUUGACAAAUCAUGUGGAAAGGGACAUAGGGACAUAAACUCGGUUUGUGAUGGAGCAAAAAGACUGAACCUGGUCCCAUUAUAGUGCUGCAAUACAGAGGACAGUAAUGAAAUGCAACAAAUAUUUAAAAUGCGGGGCAGACGUGUUCCUGUUGUGAAUUCUUCAUCUUUUUAAUAUAUAGAUAUGUUUCUGUUAAAUAUUUUGAAGUAUUUGAAACAAAUGGAAAGUGUGCUGUGUGUUUUAUAUGGUUGGUAAAAGUAUGCCCUCAUAAAGUUUAAUGUAGAGGCAAAUGUAAGAAAUGAAUUUCUGAGACUUUGCAAAAUCGUAGCUAACAUCUCAGCUUGCCGAGCACUAUCGUCUUUGUGUAAAGGGACUCCAGUUUUUGCAUUUUACGCAUACCAAUGUGAUAAUGACAUGACUUGUGUUUUGUUCUUGUUUUCUAUGUUAAACUAUUUCCAAUACAAAAUCUAUAAAGCCACUUUUCCAAGAGGAUUUCUUUGUAUGUAAAACGUCUCCAAAGCAGAACUUCAUUCUAACCUUGUACUGUUCGCAGAAGGUCUAGCAAAUCUCAUGCGGAAAAAAUGUGAAUGUUUGCGAUUUUAUGUUUAUUAUAAACAUGUUUAUUCUGUAAAAUGAUUAGCUUGAACACGAGCUAAUGCCGUAAACUGGAAACAUCUUUGCCCGGCCCGGCUUUGUGUGUGGUAUUGACAAAUCAUUUCGCAUUUCCAAAAGCUCGACACUAUUUUUGUUUAUAAGAAGGGAUUAGGUAAUGUUUCUUCGCUUGCUUUUGCUUCAUUUUGUCAAGUAGAAUAGAGGAAAUUGUCUCCGCUAAUAGAAGGCAGAGGUAGGGCACAAUUCCAUAGAGUCCCUUUCUGUCUGUGUUCGGGCAUAAACACCUCAAAACACAUCCCAUCCUCUCCUUUCGCUCUUAAGAUGUGACCUCUUGUGAACUGCAAAGCGUCAUGCUUUGUGAUGCUUUAGGAGAAAGAUGCAGAAAUCUUUUCAAAGUCAUGCAGGAAGACUCCGUGCCUCCAUUUUGUUGCGUUUUAUGUUAAUGCAACAGCCACUGUGUUUCUCUCAAUAGCUCUAUCAGAGAUCGAUGAAGAGGACACGGAUGAAGAUUACAUGGAUUAUAGCCAUCUAUCUCUAUUAUUGACUGGAUAAACCACCGCCAUGAUCUGGACAUGAGUCAUGUUCAUAAUGUACAUUCUUUUACUCUUAUUUAUUUUCCAUGGCCACAUGGAAGAUGCUUAUUGUUCUAGAUGUUUAUUUAUGCAAUUUCGCCUUCUUAUUUAUACCUUUAUAGUCUGAAUAAAUGAGUUGUGUCUCGUCUUUCUCAUUUUUUGAAAGUAUUUAUUAUAACAUGUAAUGUUACUCUGUUACAUCUUGUGAAAAAAACAAAAACACAGACAAAGACUUUUGUCAACUGUCCAAAUGAAAUAUCUGCAGCAAGGGUGCAUGUUUUAUUUAUUUGUAAUCUAAUGUUCACUAAUAAAUGUAUUUACCAUAGCUCUGUUUACAAUCAAAGCUGACCUUUGUCGGUAAAUGUGUAGUUUUCUUCUCUACGUGUUGCAAAAUGAAUGUUAUACAAAUGAUGAAAGUCAAUGCGUUUGAUUUUCUAGAGACUUAAUUUACCCUUGAUGCCAUUCAUUUUUUUGCCUGUUUUAUGUAAGAGCUCAAAUUUUUGUAACUUUUUAUUCAUGUAUUAUGUAGGAUUUCCGAUAUUGAUCUUCGCAUUGUUUAUCUUCCAUAUAUUAUUUGUCUUCAGUUUGGAGAUCCUAUAAAUGUUAUAGUUUUGCAUUUGUAUGUAAAUGUUUAAUGUAUAAUGAUGUCAUGUCCAAAGAUUCCGCAGAAAGAGUUGGAAUAUAGAAAGAAUGUCUCCUACUGUACUUCAGUUUCCAAUGUAACAAAGCAAAACUAAAAAUAUACAAAUGUACAAUCUGUAUAAAUGCUAAUGUUUUACACCUAUUUAGUCCUCAGAUUGAAUCCUUAGAAAGUACAUUUGUUAUUUCUUGCCAGUCGCAGGCAGG